AACAAUGGUUUUUUAUUUGAUUCUGUUUUUUUUUUACUCAAUACCAGGGGUUUCUUCCAAACAACGGGUUAAAACUGCCUCUAGAUUUGCAUACAAAAACCACUAUUUCUCUAACAAAUGUCAUCUCUAUAUAAGAAACUAUUUAGUCUUCUCUUCUCAACUCAACACAACCACAGAAACACAAACACUUCUUUUUAUCAACUUUAGAGAACUUUCCCAGUUAUAAUUUAUUUCUAUUUUGCACAAAAAUAUGAGUUCAUCAACAAGCAGAGCUUGGAUUGUGGCAACAAGUAUUGGAGUAGUGGAAGCUUUGAAAGAUCAAGGUGUUUGUCGAUGGAAUUCUUCACUGAGGUCAAUACAGCAACACACAAUAAAGGCCAAUCUCAGAUCCUAUUCUCAAGCCAAGAAAAUCUCAGCUCAGUAUUCUAACAUCUCCAAGGAUGAGAAACUGGAGCAAUCUGAGGAAUCUCUUAGAACUGUCAUGUAUUUGAGCUGUUGGGGUCCCAAUAAUUGAGACCCCUAUGACUUUUGUAAUAUAGUUUCCCAUUUUUGAGUGAAAUAAUACAUGAAUUAAAUCA